AUGGCUGAUGUUUUAAGAGGCCUGAACCUUCUUCAGACUCUCAAAGAGUCUAUUGAGAGCAACAAAUUAUCAGAUGUCAAGGAUGCAGUGGAAGAUCUCCUGAUCAGCAGGAUCAACUUAGCUGUGGUGGGGAACCGUGGAGAUGAAAAAGCCACGUUCAUAAACUCGCUCCGUGGCCUCGGUCCUGGGGAUGAUGGAGCAGCUGCGUCUCCCUCCCUUGUUGCUGCGGAGGAAGUGGCAGGCUACCCUAACCCUAAACACCCUGACUUCCGCCUGUGGGAUCUGCCACCUGUCCCAUCCACCUCUCCAUUUGAACCUGAGGGAUACAUGGAUAGAGUUAAGUUCCUCCGCUACAAUGCUGUCCUUAUGACAUUCACACAGACACUCCAUCCCAAUAGUGUGGAUGUGUUCCUGGAGGCUCGGUCAAUGCAGCAACAAACAGUGUACUUUAUUCUCUUAUCUUUAGAAAAAGACACUGAAAAAAGCCGAGAAGAAAAGAGAAAAGCCAGUCUGGAAGUACUGACAUCACAGGGUGUGGCACAGCCUAAAGUCUACCUGGUGAGACCCUCCACCCUGGAGAAAUUUGACUUCCCUGGCCUGUUGGAGGAUGUGGGAAGAGACCUUCCAGAGAUCCGAGCCCACGCCCUUCUCUUGGCUCUACCGACGCUAACCUCCAACCUUGUCAGUCAGAAAAAGGAGGCAUUCAAAGCGCUAGUAUGGGCAGCUGCCUCGUUAUCUGGUGGGGUGUCAGCUAUUCCUGUUCCCCUUGUGGCCUCCAUGGUGGACUCAAGUGUAGCAAUGCGGAUUCUAACCAAAGCACAAUUAUCUCUGUGCCUGGACGAAGAAUCGGUAGAGCGAUUAGCCGGACAGCGAGGCAUGGAACCCAUAAGACUUAAAGGGCUGCGGACUUGUGUACUGUCAGUGGAGGUCACCAAAGGUGAAGUGAAAAAGCGCCUGGCAGCGGCAGAAAAGGAGUUGGCCACGGUUUCGUCGAAGCUGGUGGAGAUGGCGAUCCCCAGACAUGCCCGCUGUGCGAGCCGCUCUUUCGCUGCCAUGCUGCAAGCUUUAAACAGUGCCAUUGAUGAAAUGGCGGCUGAUGCUGAGAAGAUAGUGGCUGCUGCUCUUGGGGAGAGGAAGUGA